GAUAGUUCUCCACUGUACGGAUAUUGGAUCCGAUCAUCGGGCGCUCAUUGUGGCUGACAAACCGUUUAAGAGAACGACCCAAUGUUUAUUCCGUUUUGAUGCCCAAUGGGUGGAAAAUCCGGAGGUGCGUCUGAUGGUCAAAUAUGUUUGGGAUAUUGUUUAAGCUUUGGACGAAACUCAAGAAGGUCCGGCAUAUGCUUUAUGAUUGGGCCCGUGCCGGGGUGUCUAAUUCGGCAAGAAAUAUUCGCUCUCUCCAAGAGGAGAUUGAGGCGGUCAGGCGAGUUAAUCCGGUGGAUUGGGAUAAGAUCAGGGAGUUAGAGGUGGAACUGGGGAGACAAUGGACAGCGGAGGAGUUAUUCUGGAAGCAAAAAUCUCAGGUUCGCUGGUUGAAGGAGGGGGAUAGAAAUUCCUCGUACUUCCAUACGGUGAUGCGAACUCGCGGAAGAGGAAUUGUAUCGCUAAACUCCGGAAUGAGGACGGUGGGUGGGUCGAAGAAGAACCGGAUAAGGCUAAAAUGGCGGUGGAGUUUUUUGACAAUCUGUUUACGUCUGAAAACCAGGUUGAGGAUUUGGAUGCUAGGGUGGUGGCGCUGCCUAUUGAGAGGCUGGUCACGACGAAAAUGAAUCAGGCUCUGGUUGCUCCUGUUACGCCAGACGAGAUCCGUCAUACGGUCUUUUCGAUUGAGCCUACGCAAGCGCCGGGGUCUGAUGGUUUCACGGCAAAUCUUUUUUUAUCUUUUUGGGAUAUAGUAGGGCCAUUGGUGGUGGAGGCGGUGGGGUCUUUCUUUGUUAAUGGAAAGCUCCUUCGUAGCGUUAAUCACACGUGGAUUACGCUAAUUCCUAAAGUAGAGAAAGUAGAGACGAUGCGCCAAUUGCGGCCGAUUAGUUUGUGCCAGGUCAUUUACAAGAUUAUCUCUAAGAUCUUAGCGAAUAGACUGGCGUUGGUGUUACCAACUGUGGUUUCUCCUGAGCAUAAUGCUUUUAUCAAGGAGAGACAGAUUGUUGAUAACGUUCUGAUUGGCCAUGAAAUCAUGCACUAUCUCAAGAUUAAGACGAAAGGGUACAUGGCACUGAAGGUUGAUAUGGAAAAGGCCUAUGACAGGGUUGAGUGGCCUUUCUUACUUUCGCUCUUGAAGAGACUGGGGUUUGGUGCGCAGUGGGUGCAGUGGAUUCAUGAGUGUAUUUCACCAUCAUCCUUUUCCAUCAUGAUGAAUGGAAUGCCGGCAGGGUAUUUUCGGCCCUCCCGGGGCCUUAGGCAGGGGGACCCUUUGUCCCCUCUUUUGUUUGUUCUGUGUACGGAGGGUUUGACUGCGUUGAUCAAAAAAGCGGUGUUGGAAAGGCGUUUAACUGGUGUGCGUGUUAGCCCGCGUGCGCCAAGGGUGUCAAAUUUGUUCUUUGCGGAUGACUCAUAUAUGCUUGUGCAAGCUUCGAUGCAACAAUGUGAGAACCUGCUCCAAGUUUUGGGGGAAUACGAGGAAUUGAGUGGCCAACGGGUAAAUUUGGAUAAUUCCGCGGUUUGCUUCAGUCGUAAUGUUCUCCAUGAGGAUUGUGUGGCUAUGGCAGCUCGAUUGGGCGUUGGGGAAUUGGGAGUCCAGGAUAAGUAUAUAGGACUGCCCACCUUAAUUUCUCGACCGAAAUCAGAAACAUUUCGAUUCCUGGAGGAAAAGCUUUUGCAAAAGUUACAAGGUUGGAAGCAGCGACACUUGUCCUGGGCGGCGAAGGAGACUUUGUUGAAGUCGGUGGCGGCGGCUUUGCCUGUCUAUGUCAUGGCGUGUUUUAAGCUUCCUGUUACGUUAUGUCGCCGCCUUGAUAAGUAUAUAGCUCACUUUUGGUGGGGUGGUUCGAUUGAUAGAGUUCAUUGGAUGUCGUGGCGAAAAUUGUGUCGUAGUAAGCAAGAGGGGGGAUUGGGUUUCCGUCGAUUUGAGCAAUUUAAUCAAGCCCUACUCGCGAAGGUAGGGUGGCGGAUUAUUCAGGACCCUAACUCCUUGCUUGCUCGGAUUUAUAAAGGGAAGUAUUUUCCGAACUGAACCUUGUUGGCGGCUACAGCACGGUCGAGACCGUCUUGGGGGUGGCAGAGCGUCCUACAUGGGGUUCAGUUGUUGAAAGCGGGACUGCGAUGGCAGGUGGGUUCGGGGGAGGAGGUGGAGAUUACGACAGCAAAUUGGGUCCCGGGGUGUCAUCCUAAUCCUCCAAUGGUGUUGCCCUCAGCUCAUAUUUGGGAGGGUGCUACGAUGGCCGGUUUGAUGGGUGAUGAACCAAGGACGUGGUGUGAUGAAUGCUUGGCCAACUGCUUUGCUCCUGUGGUGGCUCGGGCAAUCAAAUCGAUCGUUCUCCCAAGAUUACCUGUCCGUGACAAGCUGGUCUAGCAUGAGGACUGAACGGGGAAGUAUACGGUGAAAUCUGGGUAUCAUUUGGCGAUGAGGUUGAACAAGAGCCGAUGGAAGGGGAAGUGUGAGCCAUCCUGGAUGGAUUCCCACAUGUGGGGGAAGUUGUGGAAUCUUGGGAUUCCGCCGAAGCUAAGUUUUUUAUGUGGCAGGCCAUGAGCAGGAUUUUGCCGACUACGAAGGCCUUUCAUGCUCAGGAGAUUGGGGUGUUGGAGCGGUGUCCGGUCUGUUGGCAUGAGGUGGAGACUUUGGAGCAUUUGUUCCUUCAUUGUCCCGUGGCUAAGGACUUGUGGGCAGAUUCGGGGCUGAUGGAUAUCCAGACCGGGCUCCCAGAGGAGAAUGUUGGGCUGUUUGUUCACCGGAUGCUGGAGAAGGUAACUGAUGAUGGGAUCAUUAUGCGUUUCGUCUCAGUGAUGUGGGGGUGUGGAAGGCCCGCAACUGGGUGGUAUUCGAGGGAUGUCAAUAUAAAAGGGAGGUUUUGCGAAAUCAGUGGGUUACUCAGGUUGAAGAAUGGCAACGGAUGAGGAGGUUGGCGGACGACCGACAAUAAGGCAAGAGACGGCUGAUGCCUUUAGAUCCACAUCAGCUGCCUCAGGGUGUGUCUUGGGUGUGCUCCUUUGAUGGAGCAGUGCGUGAGGCGUCGCAUUCUGCCGUGGGGAUUGUCCUACAGGGGCCGGAUGGGGUGGUGGUUAGGGCUCUGGGGAAGGGAAUGGCGGAGCUUAUAGACCCAAUGCUUGUGGAGUUGAUGGCUCUUCGUGAGGCGAUCUUGUGGUGUCGGGCGAUGGGUUUGCAAGGUGUCUGCUACCAGGGGGAUGCUAAGGUCGUUAUCGACAAGAUUUUUUCCGGAAGCGCUUGGGAUUGCUAUGGAGGAGCAGUGUUGCAGGAAGUUUAGGUAUUGUUGGCUAAUGUGGCUGGGGAUGUUCUACGAUUUGUAGGCAGGGAUAACAAUAGGGUAGCCCAUAGGGUGGCUAGGAAGACCCUUUCUUUGAAUCCUACUCUUUUCCGGGGGGGGGGGGGGGGGGGGGGGUUUGAUUUUUGCGUUUGGCUCCAUUCGAAGAUGUAAUCGUUUGUGACCUUUGUUUCUUGUUAAUACAAGCUAUCUUUUGUAAAAAAAAAAAAAAACAUAUGUUGCUUUCCCACAUUUUAAUGAUCACCUGUCCCCAAAAAUAUCUAUAACUUGCCUCCCCUCCCCUUAUCCUAUUAAAAAACAAUAAAAAAAAUCGAAAUGCAGGCCGGCUGCUUUCAUCCGAGUUCUCCAGUCCACCCUAACCACUGCACCCUCCUCUUCGCUGCAUGCGUCGGCCCAUUUGUAAAUUUCCAACUUUUAUUAAAACCACGGAAUUAAUUGAGUCAUCAGUCACCACACACAGAAUUCACUAUUUAAAGUAUGUAUAGUGUAUGCAUACCACUUCGGCGCUACCAUGUGCCGCCGUACCAAGAUACAUACCAUGCAAUUAAAUUAAUCACACUACUAAAUAAAGCAAAGUGCCAAUUCAAGCUUGAACGAAAAAGUCCAAUAUCACGGGGUGAAAUGAAAUCCCAAGUUCAAGUGGACCAGACCAGGACUUAGAAACAACUAACAAAUUAACAUCCAAUUA